ACAGGUGGAGGAGGCAAGGGGUACCAGACCGUCAUCAACCAGCUUGGCAACAGAGCCCGACACUUUCAGAAAUGCGUUAAAAAAUGCAGCGGCCACAUCAAGAGACUGGGGAGUGAGAAUGAAAGAGAAAGAGCCAGACUGUGGGCGGAUCUAGCCAAGGUUGCUCGAAAGCAGGAGGUGUGGGACGUCUGCCGCGUAGCUGCACGCUUUGCCUUGCUGUACGAUGAUGACCGCUGGCAUAUGGUCAGGCCGUCCACUGGGCGCUCAGACACCCGCAACGAUAGCAUUGUCUCAGGCCAACCAGAGCAAGCUGAGACACCUACCAAGAGCAGGAAGGCAGCUUCUGAAGCUCCUCCCCAAGAGGUUCACACUGUGUCCCACUCUGACAAGGACCUGAUAAGGACGCUUUCUGAGAUCCACUUCUUGAAUGCUGAGUCCUCAAUCCAUCUCCUGAGAUCGGAAGGCGUAAGCUUAAACAACGAGCCCAUACCUCCAGUGGAUAAAAGCAAGCAUCCCAAGGGAUAUGUGCCCACGAAGCCUGAGGAUGAUCCAGAUUGGAUUACAUACAGAGAUUGGAUCAAAGAUUUAUCGGACUCCAUCACCAAGGGAUUCCUGAGAGGGUCUGAGCUUGGCGUGCAGCUGAACGAGCCUUGGGUCGUUUGUAGCGCCGCUGCCUACCUGUGGAAUUACAACAAUCACCUUCUGUCUUCAGACAGACACAGGGAAUUAGUGGCUUGCUAUGGCUCACUACUGCAGGAUCUCAAACAAGUCGGACACGCUGGUGAAACAGUGAUGCUAGUAAAUUUAUGCACUGCCCUGGCCUACGGUUUGGUUCAGCCGUGGAUCCCCAAAUCGCCGGCCCGGGAGGUCGCACCCCCACCGUCCCCUUCCCCGAAGGGUCGCGGGGAGAAAGAGUCACCCAGGAAGGCCAAGUCAGUCACCAGUCACACCUCCGCUAAGACCAAGAGCCUGACAGUGGACCCAGAGGGACAAGAUGACAUCAAAAAGGCUUUGGAGGUGUGUGAGUAUGCCAUGGAGGUAACCAACGGCACCAGACCGAUGGACAUUGUACCCAUCUCAGUCCGUCAUCCCCUCAUCAUCAUCUGGACCAGAGUCAAACAACUCCUGGGUCAACAGAUUCCUAAAUCCCUGGGAACUGAAGAUGAGAACAACAGUGAAGGUCAGCGACCCUUGACCCGCUCCCUGGUUGCCUUGGAGAUGAGGUCACUGAACGGCAACGGAUUGACAGACUUCAAGGAAACGCCACCGCUAGCAGAGAUAUCCAACAUGGUAGAGGAAUGUGACUGGCAGGAUGUUCUUGUAGAGCUCCAAGUCUGGACCCGGCUCGCGGAGCUAGCGCUGUCCAGUCGAGACCACCAGCUUGUGAUCCGUGUCACGGGCAAGGCACUGGAGUUUAACAACGGUGGAGUCAGGAGCAAGAAGAUGGAUGAGCACAAGAUGAUGGUGUACAAUGAGAUGCUGAGCUACUCCAGUCGCAUCCUGGGCCAGAGCUUGAUGUUCAACAUGCAAGGAAAGAACGCCAUCAGACGUGCUGCGUUGGAUGCUUUCCUGAAUGCAGCAAGGUAUGGACGUAAGGCCAAGAACUACGGCUUGGUCAUCACUGCGGCCAGACUCUACUGGAACGGGUGUUUGCCAUUGGUCAAUGAGCCAAUGGAGAGACAGCUACUCAAACAACCAAUCACAAUCAUCCUAGACUGUGUGACGGCCACUGCAGACAAGAAUGUCAAGAAGGAGCAGGGGACCACCAUGACCAACGGAGCACCCGCAGCAGGACCCGCUGCCAAGGGGGACAGCCCUGCCCCGACCCCAACUAGCUCCCCUAUCGCUGGUAUCUUAUCAGACCCAGAGGAUGAUCUCACUCUCAGGGCUGCCAUGUAUGGGGUCAUGUUCCAGGCAUAUGUAGAUCAGGGUGAAUGGGAGGAAGCCUUAGCGGCUAUGGAUAAGGCUGUGGCUGACAUGCCUCGCACCAAGCACAGAUUGUUGAUAUUCAAGCAUCGCUUAAUGGUCAAGGCAAAAUUAGGCAGAGAUGUCAGUGUGGAUAUUGCCAAGUUUAAGGAUGAGAGUGAAGAUUACCUGUCCACAAUGUGGCGCAAGGUGGCGCUGUGCUCCAGAGAUCAGCGCGAGCAGCUGACGUCUUACAAGAAUGCCAUUGAGGUCUUGCAGGUUAGUGCAAGUGACUGGCAGAAAGUAGAGUACUUGAUGGAGUUUUCCGAGUGGUUGUACGUCAAUGAGUUUCCCUUGAUGGACUGCCUGGAUCAAUUGGAAUGGGCCGCUGAUAUCCUGUUGAACAUGAAGAUUGAGACCAGGGCUAAAGUCACCGAACAAGCAACAGGAAAGUCCAAAAAGAAGAAAGGCAAGAAAUCUGCUGAGCCAGUGUCCCACUCCCCUGCCGCCCCUCACUCCCCCACCCCCACGGAGACAAAAACAGCGACAGAAGGGGCGACAGACAGCGAGGGGGAGGACUCCAAAGCAGCCCGGUUUAUCCCGAUCAAGAAGCAGUCGGUCAUCGGUCUGUCGGCAUCCAACUUGAACUUGUCUGCUUCUGAGCUGACCAGCGUCAAGCAGCUGGAGCACCUGGUUCGAAUCCACACCAUGUUGGCCAAGAUGGCCGGCCGGGGGUCGCCCAUGCACAAGACCUACUGCCUGCUAGCCUGGGGUUUCCUGGUCAGAAUUUGGCAGGUUUCUCUCAGCUCUGCCGGUCAAGUAUUCAAAGAGAUGGCCAAAGUCUCCAUCUCCAAUGAGCAGCAGGGAAGCCAGAAGAACUCGGCCAAGGGUAAAGCCAAGAAAGACGCGGGCAGCAAGGGGGGUAAGGAGCAGGAGACGCCCAGGGAUAAACCCAAGAGGAAAGGUCCGCUGGACGCGGUGCCACUUCAUCCCGAAGACUGGGCCAUGUAUGAUGUCCCAGAUGAGAUGCGAGAAGCUUUUAAGGAAGAUCAUACUGGAGAGGGCAUCAACAAAGAUUCCGUCACCAAACCGACGCUAACCCUCUACUACCUGGAUUGCCUAGUGUCUGAGCUGCGAGGGAUUGGCUACAGUCACCUGACCUUUCCUGCUCUCGUCUUAGGAGAAGUCAUCGCCAGAGAUAUCGUGGAGUCCAAUGUAGCUGGCAACACAUACAGGCUAUUGUCUGCCGAGAUUUGUCUAGAGUUGAACCUGACGUCAGCAGCCAAGUUUCACGAGUCCUGCUCCGGCCCAUUGGGUGUCAGUGAAGAAGAUAUGGCCAAGUGUCGGGAGGAAACAGCUCGCUUCAAGGAGAGACAGAAUCAAGUGCGAGUGGAGGCCCAGCGAGCUCAGGAGUUGCAGCGUCUCAUGUCGGCCGACGACAAACUCAAGAAGAAGCCCUCUAGGACCAUCAUUCCUGCUGAUCAAAAAACUGAUAUUGUGGAGUCGGUGCUGGGUCACAGUAUACCACUGAGUGGUAUGACCUUCAGACAGGCCUGGACCCAACAAGCAGAGAUCCUCAUCAAACAGGGUUAUUACCAAGCGGCAAGACAGCUGUUAAGCGAAGCCCAUCUCUCCACGAAGGCCUUUGAUGACAAACACACUGAAGCCCAGAUACUCCAGAACCUGGCCAAGCUAGCCUUCCAAGAAGCCAACUACGGGCAGGCCAUCAACUUACUUCUGGAAGCUCAGAAGUUUGACGGGGAUGAGUCCUACUGGUUGGAUACCAUACUGCUACUCGUGGAUGCCACGUUGGGCGAUCUUGAAGACAGAGAUCGUAACAACAAAGCCAGAGCCAUCAUCAAAAAAGCACUGGCAUCCUACACUAGCUUCGCUACGCAGAGACCAAACAAGAAAAACUUGAUUACCUACAUCGGGUCCACACUGGACGCUAAGUUUGCUUCAGUUCAGAUCAGUCAAGUUCUUGAGGAGAGUAAAGACACCAUGAAACCCAAGGCACAUAACGAGCUGAAGCUCGCAUGCAAGAGAUUGCAGUUUAGUGCCAAGGAUUUCAUCGAAGCCAACUACAAGCGAGAGGCUGCACAGGUCAUGCAGCAACAUGCUAGCGUACUCAGGUUGUUUGCAUGCGACAGUGACGACAAAGAGCUACAGCACAGCUAUCUCCUGCAAGCCCAGUCCAUCAUGCAGCAAGCAGUGCAGAUGAUGGACAGCCUAGUGCAGGACGUGUGCACGCUGUCUGCAGUGCAAGAGAUGAGAAGCAUCAGCCUGCCUCUGCAGCGUGAGUCCUGUGCCCUCAAGAUCUCCUAUGCUGAACUCCUGAUUGACAUGUUUGUUAUCUACGCAGAGGAGCAGAGACAUCACCAACUAGCCGAGGCUCAAAAAGGAGAAGUGGAAAAGCUGGUAGAAGACUUCAUAUCGGCCACACCAGUCCUGACUGAUACUGACAAACUGUGGCAGCAAAUGGCCAGCACGUUUGCCACCGGUGCCCUGUCCCUCCUUCAGAGUGCACACUCUUUGGCUGGUUCCAUCAGUCAACUCAAAGCAAAGAGUUUGUAUAACAUGGGUCGUUGUCUGCGCAUGUUAGCUAACAGCUGUAGUGCUGCACCACCAAGCCAAUGGGAUCUACAAUACAUGAAUCUCACAGCUGGAUCGGGAGUUGGCCAAGGAGGCGGCCAGCCAAUCAAGAACAUCGAUGAUACGGAGGAUGGUGAAGCAGUGCCUGAUGGGAAGGAUCCGGAGGUGUCUGCCUCUCAACAGAUCAAGUACUCAGCAGUAGCAGCUGAUAUCAAGGCUAAUCAGACGGUCUCUGAGCUGUAUUUGGCCCAGGCUACGGAGGUUCUUGCGCAGAGUGUGCAGCUCGCUCUCCAGAAAGGAGACAGGAGUUUGGUAGCGGCCGCAUGUUUUGAGCUUGUGGAGAGCUGUGGUCAGUAUGAUAGUGCAAUGACCUCUCAAUACUUAGCUCUCUAUCAGAGUUGUGUAAGUUCCAAGUGUCUUGAAGACCUGCUGCUGCGGGCCCAGCGUGAUCCAUCCACCUCCAAGCAAGCAGCCCUACUGCAGCAACGACAGCGACUAGAGAGUGACGCGGCAACCACCAACAUGGCCUAUAGCACCUUGGCUAAAGUGGUCAACGAAAGCUUGCAAGAAACUUCUGAGGCAUGGAAACGUAUUGCAGUCAGCCCACAGCACAUGGACCUCAUGAAAGAGCUGCCUCCAAACUUCAACCUAGUCAUCCUGCAACAUUCUGAAGACAAGUCUACACUUUACGGCUCCAUUCUGGACAGACCCAAACCAGCGGGAGGCAAGGAGGGGGGUAAACCCUCCAAAGGGAGUCAGAGUUCAACAUCCAGGGCAAAGGUCACUCGGGCACUGGUGGAUCCCCAGAUCCUGGAGUCACUGCACAGGAGAUUCCGUCAACAUAAACAGGACGUUAUGGCCACUUUGCUGAAGGCAGAGUACCAGCGAUCACAGCAGGCCCAGCGACAGAAGAUGCUGGAGAACAUCUCAGAUGACAUGAAGGAGAGCAUCAAGGAUUGGUCCGGGGAUAUUGAGAAAGCUGAGGAGAAACUUCAGGAGCAGUUUCUUGAAUUGUUACGAGAGUUGGAGGAAUAUCUGAAACCCGUCCUGUCUUACUUGGACCCAGCUAUCAGAGCUUUGGAGACACCAGGACCCGCUCCAACAUCUCGUUCAGAUCCAUCGACCUCCACUUCCCCAGAGGAAUGCGUCAUCCUUCUGGCUGAUAAGUGGCUCCUAGAGAUGCCUCUAGAAGCCUUGGCAAUCUUCUCUUCUCCAGCUAUCACCUCCCUAUCUCGUGACUUCUCCCUGCAGAUGCUGUACCAUCGCAUCCACAAGGAACCAGAAGAGGAAGCAAGUAGUGACGACAAGAAGAAGAAAGAAGCAGCUAAGAUCAAGGCAGCUAAAGACAAGGCUAAAGGAGUCAAGAUGGUGCCAAUUGAUCGCCCAGUCCCACCUGGUUGCCUGCCCAUUGACACCCACAGCUUCAAAUAUGUCAUUGAUCCACAUUAUGACUGCCCAGGAGAAGAAGCUGGCUAUCCUGUGUAUGAGCUCCAAGAAGCCUUGAAGCUUUACAACAACCAGUUCUCAGCACGUUGGGAAGGCAUUACCGGCAGUGAACAUGUUCCAAGUGUUGGUGAAUGGGAGGAGCAGUUCCGUGAGUGUGCUGCUUUCAUCUUCUACGGACUGGAGAAGUUCUUCUCUCAUCUCUCUCCUCAGAAACUGGCUCCUAUGAAUCUCUCGGAAUGCCAGUUAGUGAUACUGCUGGAUCUGGUGCAGACGAGCGAGAGUUUCAUGCGGCAGUCCAAGAUUGACGUCCAAAAAAACAAAAACGAGUUAUCCCUGGAGAAAUCGGUGGAGACAUCGAUGCUUCUGAGUCUGAGCGGGGCUAGCUGCGUCAUGGCAAACCAGUGGCACUGCACGCUGCAGCACAACGCCAACAAGUUCCAGACACUCAUGAAAUCUCUCUUGGAGAUUGGAAGGACGUCUGGCCAAACAGUCCGCCGGAUGUUCAUCCCGACCUGGAAGCAGGAAGGAGAGGAAGAAGAAGAAGGUGAAGGAGCUGAUGACAAAAACGACGGCAAAAACAGCGUCGCCUCGCAGCCCCAGAAAGCCAACAGUAGCGGCAGCGACGGAAAAGGAGACAAGUCUAAAAACGUAAAGGGCAAAGGCGACGAUGGUGGAAAGGCAAAGGUUAAAGGUGAAGAGGGCAAGAGCGCCAAGACCAAAGGCAAGAAGGAAGAGAGGAAGAUCAGUCAGGUGACUGAGGUCAAAGUUCAGGGUUCAGCGACCGACACGACCAGCAGAGAGCAGUUAGCUGGGAACGAAGAGCUGGAGUUGAUCAGCAGGCAUUGGUUCAAUUAUGUGUGUUACGGGUUGCCCAAUCUGAUGGUGACCCAGGUUCAGUAAGGCUUAGAUUUCUGAGGUUGAGAGGUUUUUGUUAAUGUUGUUUGCUUUGGUUUUUGAAUUUGAUAGAUUGUGUUAUUGAAAGUGGGUGUUUAUAUUUUAAUGCAUAUCCCCGAAUUAUAUAUUCUAACAUUACAAAAUUUGUAAGAACAAGAGAGUACUAGUAAUUACCGACCGGUUCUCAAUAUAGGUUCUGAUCGUAUGAUGUCAAAGUACCACCUGACCAAUCAGUUUCCCCAUAAUUGACCACAUCACACCGUUGCAGUAAACUAGGCUUAGUUUCACAUAAAAUAAUCGCAAAUUCUUCAUCAGAUGGCAUAUUAAAUGGUCACUACCAGUGCUGCUGUGUAUAGUAGUCAUAAUCCUGCCAACCCAGCACUGGGUGUUGGCUCCGCAUUUUUCUCAGAGUUUUUGGACCUCAAUCACAGUAAGAAUGUUACGAGUCCACUUACAUCCCUGGGCAUUGCAUGUAAUAUGACAUGGCAUGGCAUAUUUGUUGUCUUUACAUUUUCUUUGCCAUUUAGAUUGCAUAGCCUUUGUGUACAUGCCAUUAGCUUCCCCGAGUCAGCUAGAGCUAGCCCUAGGUCGUUCCAUCAACUUGGAAGUCAUUCUCAUGGCUCAGUCAGGUCAGCCGUGACAGAUCCUGGAGUGGGGCAGUGUUGGAAUUACAGUUGACCCUCAUAUUACUAUAAUUCAAGGAAUCUCUGUCUGUCUGUCUGUCCGUCGAUUAUCUCCAGAACCGGGCACCGUAUGGAGUUGAAAAUCGGCGGGUGUAUUGCUCGGGGCCACA